UUAGAAAAUGGCGCCAUUAUAAGGAAACUUCAAGCGUAAUUGAGUGAAAGCAUUCGUAGACACGGAGACACAAUGCCAUCCGAAGUGAUGUUUCUUGAGAAUGGAGCAGAAUUCAGCGGCGUGGGGUUUGAAAACUCCGAUGAUGGUGAUGAUUUAUCCACAUCAACUUAUUGCCACAAGGAUCGAACCAUAAAUAGUUCUUAUAGCUUCAUGAAGCAACUAACAGCAAUUACUCUGGCAUACCAAGAGCGCGGCCCAAAGUUCUUCUGCGACGAGUGUGAUUAUUACAUCCACACCCGGCUCAGUAUGAUCACACAUAUGAAGAUGCAUCAUGUGCCAUUUUGUCCAGUGUGCUUCGAUACGUUUCAGUACGACCAAGAGGUGUCUACUCACGUCACCGAUUGCCAUCCUGAUAUCGUUCAAAGCGAUGUCGUCGAAGAGGCAGAGUUUCCUGCGGGAUACACCGGCGCGACGGUGGCCCCACCAAAUUCGCCGAACCGAUACUGCGAAGAUGUGAAGCAAACGACCCUGGACGACUCAAAUUCGAUUCCUGCGCAAUUGGUCAAAAAGCUGCGAGAGCAUCAGCGACGGAGCAACAAAUCGGUGCAAAUCCGACGCAUUUCUCGCGACGACAGCAUUAAGAAACCCUUGAGCCAAUCAAGUUCGCCAUCCUUUGGAUUGCGGAAGAUGGCCAGUAAACCGAAAGACGCUCGAGCGGCAAUACGAACACGGAACAUGGCUCAAACAGACGAUGGACUCGUGCGUGUUACAUCCCGCUUUGGACGAGCGAUUAGUUUGAAAGUUCCUCAAUUCUAGCAAAAAUAUUCAUUGUCCAUACAAUGGCGCAACAUACUUUAGUCGUAGAUCGCACCCGACUGGCUCGAUUUGGUUCUCAUUUCUCAUUUUAUUCAAAAUUCCAGAUAAUUAUCUUUGCGGUUGGCUGAAUAAACCAUUUAAAAGU